GGCUGCGGGGCUGGGGCGGUAGCUGCGUCCCGGCUCGGAGCCCGCGAAGAGGACGAGGAGGAAGGCGCCGCGGUGGCCGCGGCCGCAGUGCUCCGGGAGCCACACGCCAUGAGCAGCGGCCCCGCCGACGACCCCGCUGUCGCUGGCCGCCGCUGAGCCGGACCAGGAGACAGCUCGCCGCUCCCCAGCACCCUUCCCGCCGGCACCCUCGCGCCCAGAGAAACAUGAUUCCGGUGACAGAGUUCCGGCAGUUCUCUGAGCAGCAGCCUGCCUUCCGGGUGCUGAAACCGUGGUGGGACGUGUUUACCGACUAUCUUUCGGUGGCUAUGCUGAUGAUCGGUGUGUUCGGAUGUACUCUCCAGGUCAUGCAAGACAAGAUCAUCUGCCUUCCGAAAAGAGUCCAGCCUUCUCAGAAUCACUCUUCCGUGUCCAAUGUCUCUCAAGCAGUUGCCAGCACCACCCCGCUGCCUCCCCCUAAGCCGUCGCCUACCAACCCCGCCACCGUGGAGAUGAAAGGACUCAAGACAGACCUGGACCUCCAGCAGUACAGUUUUAUAAACCAGAUGUGUUACGAGCGAGCCCUCCACUGGUAUGCCAAGUAUUUCCCUUACCUAGUCCUCAUCCAUACCCUGGUCUUCAUGCUCUGCAGCAACUUUUGGUUUAAGUUCCCCGGCUCCAGCUCCAAAAUAGAGCAUUUCAUCUCGAUCCUGGGGAAGUGUUUUGACUCCCCUUGGACCACACGGGCUUUAUCAGAAGUGUCUGGGGAGGAUUCAGAGGAGAAGGACAACAGGAAGAACAACAUGAGCAGGUCCAACACCAUCCAGUCUGGUCCGGAAGGCAGCCUGGUCAACUCUCAGUCAUUAAAGUCCAUCCCUGAGAAGUUCGUGGUUGACAAGUCCACAGCGGGGGCCCUGGAUAAGAAGGAAGGUGAGCAAGCCAAGGCCUUGUUUGAGAAGGUGAAGAAGUUCAGGCUGCAUGUCGAAGAAGGUGAUAUACUCUAUGCUAUGUACGUUCGCCAGACGGUGCUGAAGGUUAUAAAAUUCCUCAUCAUCAUCGCGUACAACAGCGCCCUGGUUUCCAAAGUUCAGUUUACCGUGGACUGUAAUGUUGACAUUCAGGACAUGACCGGAUAUAAAAAUUUUUCUUGUAAUCACACCAUGGCCCACUUGUUCUCAAAACUGUCCUUUUGCUACCUGUGUUUUGUAAGCAUCUACGGACUGACGUGCCUUUACACCUUAUACUGGCUGUUCUACCGUUCUCUACGGGAAUACUCUUUUGAGUAUGUCCGCCAGGAGACCGGCAUUGAUGACAUUCCGGAUGUGAAAAAUGACUUUGCUUUCAUGCUUCAUAUGAUAGACCAGUAUGACCCGCUGUAUUCCAAGAGAUUUGCCGUGUUCCUGUCUGAAGUGAGCGAGAACAAAUUAAAGCAGCUGAACUUAAAUAACGAGUGGACUCCCGAUAAACUGAGGCAAAAGCUGCAGAUGAAUGCCCACAACCGGCUGGAACUGCCUCUCAUCAUGCUCUCUGGCCUUCCGGACACAGUCUUUGAGAUCACAGAGCUGCAGUCUCUAAAACUUGAAAUCAUCAAGAACGUGAUGAUCCCAGCCACCAUCGCACAGCUCGACAAUCUCCAGGAGCUCUCGCUCCACCAGUGCUCAGUCAAAAUCCACAGUGCGGCACUCUCCUUCCUGAAGGAGAACCUCAAGGUCCUGAGCGUCAAGUUUGAUGACAUGAGGGAGCUGCCUCCCUGGAUGUACGGGCUCCGGAAUCUGGAAGAGCUCUACCUGGUCGGCUCUCUAAGUCACGAUAUCUCCAAAAACGUCACCCUCGAGUCUCUGCGGGAUCUCAAAAGCCUUAAAAUUCUCUCUAUCAAAAGCAACGUUUCCAAGAUCCCGCAGGCCGUGGUGGACGUGGCCAGCCAUCUCCAGAAGAUGUGCAUCCAUAACGACGGCAGCAAGCUGGUGAUGCUCAACAACUUGAAGAAGAUGACCAACCUGACGGAGCUGGAGCUGGUCCACUGCGACCUGGAGCGCAUUCCCCACGCCGUGUUCAGUCUGCUCAGCCUCCAGGAACUGGACCUCAAAGAGAAUAAUCUGAAGUCCAUAGAGGAAAUCGUUAGCUUCCAGCACUUGAGAAAGCUGACGGUGCUCAAACUGUGGCACAACAGCAUCACGUACAUCCCGGAGCACAUCAAGAAGCUCACCAGCCUGGAGCGCCUGGCCUUCAGUCACAACAAAAUAGAGGUGCUGCCUUCACACCUCUUCCUGUGUAACAAAAUCCGGUAUUUGGACUUGUCCUACAAUGACAUCCGGUUCAUCCCGCCCGAAAUCGGAGUUCUGCAGAGUUUACAGUACUUCUCCAUCACGUGUAACAAAGUGGAGAGCCUUCCCGACGAACUCUACUUCUGCAAGAAACUGAAAACCCUGAAGAUCGGGAAAAACAGCCUCUCGGUACUUUCACCGAAAAUCGGGAAUUUGUUAUUUCUUUCCUACUUAGACGUUAAAGGCAAUCACUUUGAAAUCCUCCCUCCCGAACUGGGAGACUGCCGGGCCCUGAAGAGAGCCGGGUUGGUUGUGGAAGACGCUCUGUUUGAAACUCUGCCUUCGGACGUCCGGGAGCAAAUGAAAGCGGAAUAACUUCUUUUUCUUUAAAGCUUCACUGAACCGUGCUUCUACCAAAUACAGUAUAAAUAAUUAGGUAGUCUUAAUGCCUUUCCUAUUUUAUUUUUUUUCUUUUUCACACAACACAAACUGUACACAGAGAUUGAGUAAGGAGUCUGUAUUUUUUAAUAAAAAUUUAAUUGUAUUUUUUCAAUAUUAAUAUUUUAAAGUUUUAUUUGUCCUGGAACCUAGUGUAUCUAUUAUUGUUUUCUACUGACAGAAACAGGUGGUUCCAUCUGGGUUUUUUUGUGUGUUUCAUUUCAUUCUCAUGAAAGGGAGGGAAUUUUAAGUUGCAUGCUUUUUGGUCUUUUUUAAAUAGAUAUUUUGCCAAGGUGAUUAUUUUGCUUGUUUACACCUGUCCAGGGUCCUUAUAUUUGUUUUCCUUGUGUAUGUACCAAGGAGUCUGUACUAGUCAUCGUCAUACUGGCUGCCUUCUGCACUGGCCAAGUCCUCCGUCCUACAGAAGACUCUUCUCUGGAGGGUAAAUUCACAGAAGUGCAUUGCCACAGACCAUUGUUUUCAAAAUUUCUCCUCAUCUCCAGCAGAACCCCACUUGCGUUAUUUCCUCUACUUGACGGUCCAUGUGAUCGUUAGGCUGGGAUUUUGUUACAUGAGUGAAGACAGUAAUCUCUUCCAUGCUGAGCUGAUCUGAAUUGGUCAUUUCCCAUCUAACUGAUUUGCGUUCUCACCAACAUUUCAAAAAUAUCGUUUAAAAACAAAGUACAGAGGCUCUCCUCCCCCCACCUCACCCUGCCCUCCAUCUGAAUAUUGCUAUGUAGUACUGGUGAACCACCUUAGAGGAGCUAAAUUUAUUUUAAUUAAAAUAGGUAAUUAAAUUUAAAAAUCAGAAUCAGAAGCCUGGUUUUUAAGUAAUGUAAUAAUCUUUGAUAUCUUGAUAUGUGGGUACAUCAGAUGGAAAAAAUAUUCCCCGCUGAAGCACUCUUUGAUAGAGCUGGGGCCCUGUAGCCAGGAGUGCUGGUGGCCCCAGGCGGCGGUGGGGCCGACCACUGCCUCCCAUUCUGCCUGUGCCACCGAAUAACCCACAUCCCCAUAAACUGAGCUCCCGUAACCCUGCCCGUGCUGCGGAUUCGAGUGAUGCAAGCACAGGAACUCCUUCUGCUUUUUGGCUUAAAAUAAGCAUCUCAUCUAAAAUGGUCCUGUUACUUUUUUUUUUUUUAAGGGG